CCAUGGUGCGGCUUGUGCUGCCCAACCCCGGCCUGGAGGACCGGAUCCCAUCUCUGGACACUCUGGAUGUCAUCGAGGAGAAAGAGGCCAGCUCACGGCCCCAGUGGGACAACAAAGCCCAGUACAUGCUGACCUGUGUGGGCUUCUGCGUGGGGCUGGGCAACGUGUGGCGCUUUCCUUACCUGUGCCAGAGCCAUGGAGGAGGAGCCUUCAUGAUCCCCUUCCUCAUCCUGCUGGUCCUGGAGGGCAUCCCCUUGCUGUACCUGGAGUUCGCGAUUGGCCAGCGGCUGCGGAAGGGAAGUGUGGGCGUGUGGAGCUCCAUCCACCCUGCUCUGAAAGGCAUAGGCAUCGCGUCCAUGCUGGUGUCAUUCACGGUUGGCCUGUACUACAACACCAUCAUCGCCUGGGUCAUGUGGUACUUCUUCAACUCCUUCCAGGAGCCUUUGCCGUGGAGUGAGUGUCCACUGAACCAGAACCAGACAGGCUAUGUAGACGAAUGUGCCAGGAGCUCGCCCGUGGACUACUUCUGGUACAGGGAGACCCUCAACAUCUCUACCUCCAUUGAUGAGUCGGGCUCCAUCCAGUGGUGGAUCCUGCUCUGCCUCACCUGUGCGUGGAGCGUCCUGUAUGUGUGCACCAUACGUGGCAUUGAGACCACUGGGAAGGCUGUCUACGUCACCUCCACGCUGCCCUAUGUUGUGCUGACCAUCUUCCUCAUCCGCGGCUUGACUCUGAAGGGCUCUGCCAGUGGCAUCGUCUUCCUGUUCACACCCAACAUUGAGGAGCUGGCCAACCCGGUGACCUGGCUGGACGCAGGCGCCCAGGUCUUCUACUCCUUCUCACUGGCCUUUGGGGGCCUCAUCUCCUUCUCCAGCUACAACUCUGUGCACAACAACUGUGAGAUGGAUUCGGUGAUUGUGUCCAUCAUCAACGGCUUCACAUCCGUGUUUGCAGCCACUGUGGUGUAUUCCAUCAUCGGCUUCCGCGCCACUGAGCGCUAUGAUGACUGCUUCAGCCAGAACAUCCUGACACUCAUCAAUGGCUUUGACCUGCCGGAGGGCAAUGUGACACAGGAGAACUUCGCAGCCAUGCAGCAGUGGCUCAAUGCCACCAACCCGGACAUCUAUGCAGGGCUCAAGUUCCAGACCUGUGACCUGAACUCCUUUCUGUCUGAGGGCGUGGAGGGCACAGGCCUGGCCUUCAUCACCUUCACCGAGGCCAUCACCAAGAUGCCAGUGUCACCGCUGUGGUCCGUGCUCUUCUUCAUCAUGCUUUUCUGUCUGGGCCUCUCGUCCAUGUUUGGGAACAUGGAGGGCGUGGUCGUGCCCCUGCAGGAUCUCAAGAUCAUCCCCAAAAAGUGGCCCAAGGAGCUGCUCACAGGCCUCAUCUGCCUGGGUACCUACCUCGUUGCCUUCAUCUUCACGCUGAACUCGGGCCAGUACUGGUUGUCUCUGCUGGACAGCUACGCAGGCUCCAUCCCCCUGCUCAUCUUGGCCUUCUGUGAGAUGUUCUCCGUGGUGUACGUGUACGGCGUAGACAGGUUCAACAAGGACAUUGAGUUCAUGAUCGGGCACAAGCCCAACAUCUUCUGGCAGGUCAUGUGGAGAGUGGUCAGUCCGGUCAUCAUGCUGGCCAUCUUCCUCUUCUUCUUUGUGAUCCAGGUCAACAAGGAGCUCACAUACAGUGUGUGGGACCCCAACUAUGAGGAGUUCCCGAAGUCCCAAAAGGUGCUGUACCCAGGCUGGGUGACUGCAGUAGUGGUGGUCGUGGCUGGGGUGCCCUGCCUCAUUAUCCCCGGCUUCGCUGUCUACAAGCUCAUCCGUGGCUGCUACCAGAGCCCAUCGGACCACCAGGAGCUGGUCAACACGCUGUCCACCAUCUCCGUGAAUGGGGACCUGAAGGGCUGAGUGGGCCUGGCCCAUGGGGUGCAUAUGUCCGAGUGUGUAUGAGGGGCAGGUGUGUGGGGGAGGCAGUGCACGUGAGGGUGUUGUAUGUGUGCAUGCAUACAUGUGUGGAUAUGUGUCUGAGUGUGCA